GUAACUUUUGAAUCUCAAAUGACGAAGUUUUGAAGAAUGCAGUUGUUUCAGUCGGACGAUCAUUAUAUUUUGCAUGAUGGAGAUUUUUCAUUGUGGUGCAGUCGACAUUCUGGCACUCUUGAAGCCAAAAAAGGUUGUAAGAGAUGGUCAAAUCACAGUGCAUAUAAAUCUGGAAUUAACACGACCAGUGAUGAUAUUUGUUUGGCUUGGAAUCCGGUCUGUAUAGGACUUGUCUAUGGACUGAUUGGGAAGAUAAAGAUUCAUCCAGAGGAUGAUUGGAGGUUAAUUCUCAUAAAACAGAGAACUUCUGUUGGGAGUGUACUAGAGGAUCAGGAGAUAUAUAGAGUGAAUAAGAUUGUGAUUGUCCCACUGUCAGAUGCAGAACCUCAAGAGCUGGAUUUAGAUCUGUGCAGUGUGCAUCAUUUUGGAAUAAGAAAACCAAAAACAAUAUCUCAGCCAUCAGCACAACAGAAACAAAUACAGAAUGCUUGGAAAUCUAUAAAAUCUGGAAUAGACAAUGUCAAACCAAGGAAGAAAGAUAUCAAAGACAAAGAAAAGUUUGUUAGGAGAAUAACAGAGGAACUGUUGAAGAUGUUUACAGAUUCAGACUCCUUCUACUACAGUGAAACCUUUGAUCUGACCACCAGUUUGCAGCGACAACACGGAAAGGAGUACCAGUCAAACAAACACCUCCCUCUCUGGCAGCAGGUGGAUCCAAGGUUUUUCUGGAACAGGCACAUGCUCAGUGAUCUGAUUAAUGUUGAGGGGGAUCCAGAGGUAGAGAAGCUGUACACCCACUGGAUCGUCCCAGUAAUCCAGGGCUACGUACAGAUGGAGAACUGUGUCCUGGAUUUUACCCCGUCCUCCACUUCCUCUCUAGAUCUCAGUCCAGAUUACGGAAACUCCAAACAUCUGGACCCGCUGGAAUAUCAACUCGGAAUUAUCUCCAGGAGGAGCAUACAUAGGGCCGGUACAAGAACGAAGAUGAGGGGGUUGGAUGAAACAGGAGCAUGUGCUAAUUAUGUGGAAACAGAACAGAUUAUAAGGUUUUCCCACCAUGUUGUAUCCUUCCUCCAAAUUCGUGGAUCCAUCCCCGUGUUUUGGAGUCAAUCAGGGUACAAGUACAGACCCCCUCCACGGCUCACAAAAGGUAAGGGGUCAAUUCAUCAAAACUUAAAACCUUAA